UAUUUUCAAACACCAUUCUUGUGUCUCCAGCUGUCUGGGUCGUCCUCCUGUAAUUCCAUCCACUCCAUGGACACCAGUUCCUCUACAGCCAGCGUCUCCAUGACCCCUGCUUCUCCUUCCAUCCCUGGUCCCACCUGUGGCCACAGACGCUCUGUCUCCCUCACCCCCGUGUCCCCCACCUCUUCAAGCCAAUCCCCGGCGUACAACACCCAGGCUGAGGACGCCUGCAUCAUCAGAGUGAGCCUGGAGCACGGCAACGGGAAUCUCUACAAGAGCAUCCUGUUGACGAAUCAGGAUAAGACACGGGCUGUUGUUUCUAGAGCUAUGGCAAAACACAACCUGGAGGUGGAGCCAGAGGAGGGAUAUGAGCUGGUACAGGUCAUCUCUGAGGACAAAGGUACUACAUUAUCACUUUUCUCUAAAAAUGCAGAGUGGUUCUGCAAAUAACUUUUACAUAUUUACAUAUGUACACAUAUAUAUGUG